UAUCCCCAACACCGUCUCUUUAAGCCCUGCAUCUUUUCUAUCCUCCUCAAACCUCCUCUCCCCACAAAUCACCAACCACAAAAUGUUCUCCGCAAGAUCAAUCCUUAACACCGCUCAGAGGCGCGCCUUCUCUGUUUCUGCUCAGCAGAACUUCAAGGUUACCGUCCUUGGUGCCGCUGGCGGUAUCGGACAGCCUCUGUCCCUUCUGAUGAAGACGAACAAGCUUGUCACUGACCUUGCUCUCUACGAUAUCCGUGGUGCUCCCGGUGUUGCUGCCGAUAUCUCCCACAUCAACACCAAGAGCAGUGUCAAUGGAUACGCUCCUUCCCCCGAGGGUCUGAAGUCGGCCUUGUCGGGUGCUGAAGUCGUCCUCAUCCCCGCCGGUGUCCCCCGCAAGCCCGGCAUGAGCCGUGACGAUCUGUUCAACACCAACGCCUCGAUCGUCCGUGACUUGGCCAAGGCGGCCGCCGACUUCGCCCCCAAGGCCAAGAUCCUCAUCAUCUCCAACCCCGUGAACUCGACCGUCCCGAUCACCGCCGAGGUCUUCAAGUCCAAGGGUGUCUACGACCCCAAGAGGCUCUUCGGUGUCACCACCCUCGACAUCGUCCGUGCUUCGCGCUUCAUCUCUGAGAUCAAGUCGACCGACCCCGCCAACGAGGCCGUCACCGUUAUCGGUGGUCACUCCGGCGUCACCAUCGUCCCCCUCCUGUCCCAGUCCAACCACUCCGAGAUCUCGGGCGAGGCCCGUGACAAGCUUGUCAACCGCAUCCAGUUCGGUGGUGAUGAGGUCGUCCAGGCCAAGGAAGGUGCUGGAUCUGCCACCCUCUCCAUGGCUUACGCCGGUGCUCGCAUGGCCGACUCCAUUCUCCGCGCCGCCAACGGUGAGAAGAACGUCGUGGAGUGCACUUUCGUUGAGUCUCCCCUUUACAAGGACCAGGGCAUCGACUUCUUCUCGUCGAAGGUCACUCUCGGCCCCGAGGGUGUCGCCAAGAUCCACGAGGUCGGAAAGGUCAACGAGUACGAGCAGGGUCUCCUCGAUGCCUGCAUCGCCGACUUGGCGAAGAACAUCACCAAGGGCCAGAAGUUCGUCAAGGAGAACCCUUAAAUCAAUUGAAUAGGGCUGGAGCAUGCGUGUAUUUUUAAUUGGUCAUCGGAGUUUAGAAACAAAAUGUCUGCUUGGUCAUGAUCAAAUGUCAAUGAUGGUUCCAGUGUUACUACUACCUAAGCGUUUCGUCUCUGUUCUGUAAUGUGGGUCAUUGAGGGGUGAGUUGUAGGGUUAUGUGCUUAUCAGAAGU